CAGAGCGAGGCUGUCUCAAAAACAAACAACAAAAAAAGACACAGCUUAUCAGAGAGACAAUAAGGGAGAGGUGAGGACCACGGUCUGGAAAGCACAUGGCCCAUUUAAAGAGGGCAUCUCAAGUCAGGGUGAUAAUCUCUUAAGAUACGCUGGAAAUCUAGAUGUUUCUGUAAACAAGAAAAAGGCAGAGGGUGAGCACACAGAUUCAGAGCCAGUAAUUCCCAGCUCUGCCACCUCCUCACUUGACCCUCUCUUAUCUAUCAACUGAGGGUAGUAACAGCACUUACUUCACAGGGCUUGAUUAUUAAACAAAUUAACAUCUUUGGGCUCCUAGAACGAUGAUGCCAUGUGCAGAGUCAGGACUGGGUAAAUAUUUGCUAGAGCAAUCUCUUAAUGUUUUUGACGCUGCAACUUAAAACACACAGCGCCAAUCAUGGACACGGAUGUCCCGCUAGCUGGCUGUGGGGCCUGGGUUUGCUCACCCCAGCAGAGUGGUUGAGGGCGUGAGCUUAGAGGUGGAAGCCCAGCUGAUGUGGGGGCCCCGGGCCCCUGGUUCUACGUGGGGAUCAUUGUAUUACUAGGCUGGGGUCGUUCUGAGGAUUAGAACGGUAACAGUUCCUGCUCCUGCUGCAGAGAAGCCCCCAGGUGGGGGUCACAGCAAGUGCAGAUGGAGCUCAGAUUCUUCGGUUAACUGUCACCCUCUCCCCUCCCCCGUCACACACACCAGGCCCUGCCAGGACAAGGCAGCUCCUGGAAGCUCCACCAGGACCCACGUCCACCAGGCAUCUCGAACCCUCGGCCCCCAUGGACCCCCUGAGGCGCUCCCCCUCUCCCUGCCUGUCCUCGAGGCCCUCCAGCCCCAGCGCCCCACACUGCGAGAUGCUUGGUCCUGUGGGCAUUGAGGCUGUGCUGGACCAGCUGAAGAUCAAGGCUAUGAAGACGGGGUUUGAGUUCAACAUCAUGGUGGUGGGGCAAAGCGGGCUGGGCAAGUCCACGAUGGUGAACACGCUGUUCAAGUCCAAAGUGUGGAAGUCAAAUCCACCGGGCUUGGGGGUGCCCACACCCCAGACACUGCAGCUGCAUUCAGUGACCCAUGUCAUAGAGGAGAAGGGUGUGAAGCUGAAGCUGACGGUGACGGACACGCCCGGCUUCGGGGACCAGAUCAACAAUGACAACUGCUGGGACCCCAUCCUGGGCUACAUCAACGAGCAAUACGAGCGGUACCUUCAGGAGGAAAUACUCAUCACCCGCCAGCGCCACAUCCCAGACACCCGGGUGCACUGCUGCGUGUACUUUGUGCCACCCACUGGGCACUGCCUGCGGCCCCUGGACAUUGAGUUCCUGCAGCGGCUGUGCCGGUCUGUGAAUGUGGUGCCCGUGAUUGCCCGGGCCGACAGCCUGACCAUGGAGGAGCGAGAAGCCUUCAGGCGCAGGAUCCAGCAGAACCUGAGGACCCACUGCAUCGACAUCUACCCCCAGAUGUGCUUUGACGAGGACAUCAAUGACAAAAUCCUCAACAGCAAGUUACGGGACCGAAUCCCUUUUGCUGUGGUAGGGGCUGACCAAGAGCACCUGGUGAACGGGAGGUGUGUCCUGGGCCGGAAGACCAAGUGGGGCAUCAUUGAAGUGGAGAACAUGGCGCACUGUGAAUUUCCUCUCUUGAGAGACCUGCUCAUCCGCUCCCACCUCCAAGACCUGAAGGACAUAACCCACAACGUCCACUACGAGAACUACCGCGUCGUCAGACUCAAUGAAAGCCACGUGCUGCCCCGUGGGCCCGGCUGGGUGAACCUGGCCCCGGCAUCCCCGGGACAGCUGACCACACCCCGGACCUUCAAGGUCUGCAGCGGGGCUCAUGACGAUUCUGACGAUGAGUUCUGACCACCGGCUGGUCCCGGGGCUUCCUGAGUCCCCAGUGGCUCUCAACACACACCUGUGUAGCAGAGCAUCUAUUAAACGUGAGCCUUGCUUUUUAUGAAAA